AUGCCUGAGAGGGAGCGGCUGGGCGUGCCAGUGCGCUGCUCCGAGUGCACGCGUCGCUGCCGAUCGCGCCAGCACGCCGACAUGAUAAGCUCGGCUAUCACCAAGGCGUCGGAUGCCGAGCUCAUCUCCUACAUGUCCUGGCUCUGUCACAAUGCCGCCACCGGCACCGACUCGGCCGGCCGCACGCCGCUGCACGUAGCUGCCUCCUGCGGGCGCCGAGAGCUGGCUGAAUGGCUGGUGCAGGUCCACAGCGUUCCCCUGAACACGGAGGACAAGGAGUCGGGCAUGACGGCCCUGCAGCGGGCCGUCUUCUACGGCCAACUGAGCGUCGCUCGCUCACUGCUAAUGCUGGGGGCCAGCCCGCUGACGCAGGACCACGCUGACAUGACCACCUACGACGGGGCGCACGCCGACCGGCUGCCGCUGGUGGAGCUGACGCCAGCGGCGCCUUGCGAGGCCUACGUCUGGGGCAGCAACCCCUGGUUCAGCAUCGGCGUCGACCGCAUCAAGGCGCGUCAGGUGCCGGAGCCGCUGGACCUGUUUCGGCGGGCGGGUGUCUGGAUCAAGCAGAUAAAGAUGACCAAGUUCCACACGGUGUUCCUGACCCAAGGCGGCGAGGUGUACACAUGCGGUCACGGCAUCGGCGGCCGGCUUGGUCACGGCGACGAGGAGUCCGUGCUGGUGCCUAAGAAGCUAAAGGCCGUUAAGGGCGAAAGCUGUGUGCAGGUGGCAGCGUCGGUCGACCAUACGGUGCUGCUGAUGGAAAGCGGAACAGUGUGGACGUUCGGUCUGAACCAGGCGUGCCAGCUGGGACACUCGCCGCCUCCCGCGCAGCUGACCACGCCCCGUCUCCUGGAGUGGAGCCGCGGCAGAGCGGACCGCAUCACGGGCGUCUGCGCCGCCAGGUACCACACGGUGUUCUGGAACUCGGAGGCGCUAUACUGUGUGGGGCUGAACGGUGGUCAGCUGGGACAGCACAAAGAUGAAAACAAGGACAAGCGGUUCAUCCUGCCCAGAAAGGUGCGCAAAGCGCUGUGCGUGUUCGGUCUGCGGCGCGAACUGGCCGUGGCGGACGCCGAGCUGGACAAGCACGGCCUGAUUCUCAUCUCCGAGACGGGCCAGGCCUUCACCGGCGCCAUCGUGCUGCCCGCCGGGCGGCACGCGCCCGACAAACAGGCCAAGGGUGGGUGGUGGCGACCGGGCCAUCAGUGCGCCCAGGUGCGCGUGACUCGCGUGGCGCACAUCCAUCGCGCCGUCAGCAUCACGUGCGACGGCAGCGGCGGCAACGCGGCCGCCGUCCAGUGUGACCCGCGCGCCUUCCUGCUCGAGGUGCCACAGGUCUCGCCGCCCCAGCUGCGCCACGACCUGGGUCGCCUGCUGGAGAACGCCGACGAGCACGACUCCGUACACGACAUCGUGCUGCAGGCCGGCCAGACCCGGUUCGCCUGCCACCGCUACAUCUUGGCCACCGGCUCGAGCUACCUGCGGCAGCGGCUGGCCGGCGGCAGCGACGGCGACGGCGUGGUGGACGGAACGCUGCGCUUGGAGGCCGCGCCGCCGGCCGCGCUCCGCCAGCUGCUGCUGUUCCUGUACACGGGCACGUGCGACCUGCUGCGGCCCGGCCCCACCGAGUUCAGUGUGUUUUGA